AGGGCUUAGUGGUCACAUACGUGGACAGCACUUUUUAGCUCUUAUGUCCACAAUUGUGUUCACUGCUGAAUAUGUGGUGUUACGGACACGUAUGGGGGUACUUACACUGCCAUCUGGUGGUGUCAGAAGUUUAUAACACACUACGGUCAAAAUUCAAAAUGGCGGCGAACACAAGGGAAGAUUCAAGUGGUAGCUCCAUACACAAACGUCGACCAGAGCGUUUUUCUCUGCAAAGAGCAUUGGAGCUACUUGGGUUAAUUGAUGGAAACAACUCAGAUUUGGACGUGUCUGACAACGAUGAUCCUAUCCUGGAUGGCAAUUACCAACCAUCACCACAGGAGGAAAGCAGCAGUGAGCACAGUAGUGAUGAUGAGGACCCCAUUCCUGAGCCCACUGACCACAGUGCAGAUAAUGGUUCAUGGACAGGGACAGAGACAGGUACAGGCACAGGCACAGGUACAGGUUCAUCCCGCACUCUCAGACGUCGCCGUCAAAGUCAAGAGAUUGAGGCUGAUAGCUCAGAAGAUGACUUGGAAGAGCCAACACCAAGACCAAGCCAAACAAAAAAAAAAAGAAAAAGGAGACUCUGAACAAGGACGUGGACUACGCUGGAAGGCUACUCCAUUGACGCCAAACCUGGCAGAGUAUCAGCAUCAGGAUGAAACUGAUCUAGACAGACAUGGCUGGACCCCACUAGACUAUUUUGAACAGUACAUAGAUAGAGAUUUGAUGAUGACGAUUGCAGAAUGCUCUAAUAUUAUGUCACUGUCUAAGAGUGGGGAGCCACUUAACAUGACAGUAGAUGAGGUUUACCACUUUUUUGGUGCCUGUAUUUUGAUGUCCUGCAUCCGAUACCCAACCAUUAGGAUGUACUGGUCCAAAGCCUUGAAAAUCACUGCCAUCACUGACAAAUUCACACGUGCCAGAUUCUUCAAACUGAGGGGAGCAAUAAAAGUGGUUAUUGAUCAUGAUGUGCCAGAAGACUUGAGAAUGUUGGACAAAUUCUGGAAGGUGAGGCCUUUUCUGGAUCGGAUUCUGCGAGGCUGCUUGUCUCUGAAUCGACCUGAUUGCGCAUCUAUUGAUGAGCAGAUGAUUCCUUUCACAGGAGCCUGUCCGUGCAGACAAUAUCUGCCAAUGAAGCCAAACCCAGUUGGCAUAAAGAACUUUGUUUGUGCUACAGCAGAUGGCAUUGUGCUUGACUUUGAGCUGUAUCAAGGCACAGGUUCACUGAUUGAGAAGGUCGAAGAACCAGAGGGCCUGAGUUUGGGAAGCUUAGUCAUCGAGCGUCUGUGCCAAACUUUGCAUCGUGGCACAAAGGUGUAUUGUGACCGGUUCUUCACCACCAUCAAAGGUGCGCAACGAAUGAUGGAGAAAGAGCUGUACAUGACUGGUACAAUAAUGAAGAACCGACUCGCUGAAGCGAAGCAUAAGUUACCCAGUGACAAAGCGAUGAAAAACGCAGGAAGAGGUACCUCAUCAGAGGUUUCCGCUGAAGAUGGAAAGUUGUGUCUAGUGAAGUGGUACGACAACAAACCAGUAUUGCUGAUGUCUGUUGUUCAUGGUACACAGCCUGAAGACACCUGCCAGCGCUGGGACAAGAAAGUGAAACAAUAUGUCACUGUCUCGCGACCAAGCAUUGUCCGUGAGUACAACAUCAAGAUGGGUGGAGUUGAUUUGAUGGAUAGAAUGAUAAGUUACUAUCGCAUGAGCACCCGUACUAAGAAGUGGACAAUGCGGAUGGUAAUGCACUUCACGGAUCUGGCUUUAGCCAACAGCUGGCUACUCUACCGAAAAGACCAUGCAAUAUGUGCUGGACCAAAGACAAGACCCAUCCAGUUCCUUCAGUUCCGCAUGGAAGUGGCUAAGAUCCUCUUGGACCAGCAUCACGGUGCAGAUGCAGACCUUUCGACACAGUCAGAGGAAGAAGAAGAUUCAAACCAGGGAGUGAAACGUCACGUGACAGAGUUGCCCCACGUCUCGGUCCGCAGGAGGGCUAAUGCCCACCUCCCAGAGAUGAUCGGCCUGAAGAAUGCAAUGCGCUGCAGACAACUAGGCUGCACUGGAAGAACCCGAGUGCGUUGUAUGACCUGCAAAGUGUUCUUGUGCUUGCAAACCGAGCGCAACUGUUACUCAGCCUUUCACACAUAA